AUGUUUUGGGCCAUCGCUCGCGUACCAACAACAAAGUAAACAAAAAAUGGCUUUAGAUUUUUCUGCAACGUAUAAAUUACUAGUUUUAGGUGAUUCUAAUGUAGGCAAAACGUGUAUAGUGCACAGAUAUUGUGAUGAGAGAUAUUACGAUAUAUACAUAUCCACUAUAGGCAUAGAUUUCAAACAGAAGAUAAUAAACUUAGACGGCGUGCCUAUCAAACUCCAAAUAUGGGACACGGCUGGUCAGGAGAGGUUUCGAACACUCACCACGGCGUACUAUCGCGGUGCUAUGGGCAUUAUACUUAUGUACGACAUCACUAAUCUGGAGUCAUUCAAUCAUCUGUCGUACUGGCUCAGGAAUAUUCAAGAGUACGCGUCUCCUGACGUGAUCAAGGUCUUAGUCGGCAACAAGUGUGAUGUUCACGAGAACCACAGAGCUGUACCAAAAGAGAGGGGCCAAAAGAUAGCGGACGACUUCGAUAUGCCGUUUUUCGAGGUGUCGUGUAAAAGCAACAUAAACAUAGAGGAAGCCUUUUUGACAUUAGCCAGGAAAAUUAGAGAAUACCGAGAGACCAAAGCGGAUGCCUUCGAGCUGAAGGAAAGGGACAACGUAAUAAAGCCUUCUGAAUCCGAGACGGACGUGUCAAAGUGUAGCUGUUAGCCUAAUUAUUGUAGCAUUCCUGCGUUCGUAGACCGCAACGAUGAAUGAUGUGGGCCAAGUUUUCAUCUGAGAUACGAUGGGGUUUGACUGAUUUACUGAUUGAUAUUUUAUGAAUUUUAUCGACUACAAUGUCAGUUUAAGACUUAUAAUAAUCGAGAACUGUGUAGUAUUGCUGUUUGAAAAGAAAUAGCAAGUAGGUACGCGACCUCAGAUAAAGAUGAAUGAACAAAAUCAGUCUCCUGUAAAAUAAAUUGUAAGCGUUGUAGAAUACAAACACAGAAUGAUAGAUACAGAUAGUCUAGUCUGAUAUCUCAGAUGUAAACAUUGGCGAGCGCCCAAAUCAUGCGUCAGGGGAAUCAAAGUCGUUUUCUCAUUGGCAAAGUAUUUACAAGUUCGCUGACUAAUCAGAAAACGGCUGACAAGUCUUGUUUUAAAACCCUCUUACCACUAAAAAUAACGUUUAGGAUUUAGUUAAUUUAAAUUAUUAUGAUAAUUAUUUAAAAAAUGUAGUUUGGUAAGAGGGUGGGAGUGGUCGCUUUAUGCAAUCUGUGUGCUAAUUUGGCGACAUAGGGCGCACUAUCACAACUGUCAAGAUCAUUAUUUUUGCCCCUCUUAUUAGGAAAUGAGAGAAAAUGAUGAGACUUAAGGGACCUAAGACUCGGUAGUGCGUGCUGAGUCGCCUGCGUAUAAGACCUAUCGCGAUUUCCAAAUGCACCUAAGUAUACUGAAGUGUUACUAAUCAUCUCAAUCCAUAUUUUCUUUUCCUGAAAGUGCAAUAGAAGUAUAUAUCAAAAAAGAUAAAUAGGCCAGCGGUUAUAUGGAUUUUCGGUGUAUUUAUAUCGGUUGUUAUUCGUGAAAUUUGAAAUACCUAAUUUAAUGAUAUGUGAAAUAAGUUAGAUUUAAAAAUAGUUGUAGAUUUCAUUACCUAAUUCUAUCAUAGAGACUACUAACUAGAAAUAUUUGAAUUUCAUAAACCUAUACUUAAUCUAUACGGUGUAAAGUCAAUUUUAAGAAGUUGUAUGAUCAAGUUUCACAAAUAAAAUUGAUAAUGAAAUGCUAUAAAUAAGAAAGCGACAAUAAGUGAAAAACUAUGUCAUUAUGACUGACCAUCAUGAUAAAGAAAAUAGUUUCCAUCUCGGUGCAGUCAAUAAUAUUUUUAAAUUGAGGCAGAGCGCAGAUGUUUCGAAAAGAUGCAUCUAGGUACACAGACGCGCAUCAAAUUGAAUUCGUCAGGGUGGCCGAAAGCUCUUUAAAUAACACCAAUUACCAACCAAUAAAUUCAUGCUGGUCGCAUUUAUCUUGUUUUAAUUAUUAACUAAAUUUCAACCUACUGACACUGAGAAGGCCUUUAAUGUUGUCGGUUUAAAAAGUAUUAAUAAAGCCUACGCGACUAUCAGACUUGCUCAGCAAAUAUUAUAGACUCAAUAAUAAAAAGCACAUUAUUAUAUAUCUAACGAAUUUAAAAAAUAUAUAGGAGUCGUUUUGUAUUAGAUGCGUUUGUUGAUAAUUGCAUUUCCAUUAAAAUUUGGCGAAGGGUUACAACUAAUGCGGUCAUUGGAGACUUAUUUAUAAGCUUUUAAUGUUAAAUUGUUAAUAAGCGUACCUCUAAUUUAUGCUUAAAACUAUACUCAUGUUUGAAACUUAAAAUACCUGAAAAUUUCCUAUUCAUCUGCUAAAUAAAUAUAAGUCAGAACGUGGAAGAGGAAAAGAGUGUGGAAAAAAUUUACAUAAUCAAUUUUCCGAAUGUUGCCACUAACUAGACCAAUAGCCGCCUUUUAUCUACCAGAGCACAUAAUAGUAAAAAAAUGAAUGGAAUAUAAGUACCUAUCUACCUACUGCUUUUUUCAAUUAAAAACUUUCA